CAACAUUGUAUCAUUGCUCUCCUAAGAUAAAUGGGUGGGGAGCGCAUGGUUUACACUUUGGCGCAAGUUUCUGAACACAACAACUCCAAAGAUUGUUGGCUUAUCAUUGAUGGAAAGGUUUAUAAUGUCACAAAGUUCUUAGAUGACCAUCCUGGUGGUGAUGAUGUCUUGUUGUCUUCCACAGGGAAAGAUGCUACUGAUGACUUUGAGGAUGUUGGUCAUAGUAAGAGUGCUAGAGCCAUGUUAAAGGAUCUAUAUGUUGGGGACAUUGAUCCAACAACCGUGCCUGCCAAAGUUCAACAAACUCCUCCAAAACAAAUCCAAAAUAAUCAGAACAACGCAUCAUCAAGUUUCAUGACCAAGAUGUUGCAGUUUCUAGUUCCUCUGAUUGUCUUGGGUAUUGCAAUUGGUGUUCGUUUCUACAAUAACAAAUCAACAUAGCCACUAAAACUGCAUGAACACUUGAAUCUUGUUCAACCAUUAAUAUCAAAUAUAGAUUGCUUUGUUCUAUGAAACUAGGAUUUUGUGGGAUGAAUAGGAUAUACCACUCUGUUUUUCCUUGUCACUGUCAUUUGUUGUUGAUUUUUUGGUUGUCUUACCCUAUCCUUGAUAAGCUACUAGAACAAUUUUCUGCUCCUUAAAGUUCUGGUAGUUUUAGAAUUUGAAGUGUAUGAGA